CACUGCUGAUAGAUACCUCAGCUCCGCUCCUGUCUUCCUUCCUCCAGCUCACACGCGCGGCCCAUCUCCCAUCCAUCCCAACCAACUCUCGCACACUCACACCAUGGAGAUGCGGCUGGCGCUGGCCCUGCUUGUGGUCGCCGUGGCGGCGUCGCAGCUGCCGCCGGCGGCGGAGGCGGCCAACUACACGGUGGGCGACGACAAGGGCUGGAACCCCGACGUGGACUACACGGCCUGGGUCAAGAAGCACAAGCCAUUCUACAAGGGAGACUGGCUCAUCUUCGAGUACCAGACCGGGCGUGCGGACGUGGUGCAGGUGGGCGAGGUGGGCUACGACAAGUGCGACAAGGCCGGCGCCCUCACCAGCUACAGCAAGGGCACCUCCUACGCCUUCCAGCUCAAGGAGGCCAAGGACUACUACUUCAUCUGCAGCUACGGCUACUGCUACUCCGGCAUGAAGCUCCACGUCACCGCCAAGUCCUCCGGAUCCUCCUCCGGCUCCGGCGGCAAGCAGUCCGGCGGCGGCUCCUCCUCCUCGUCCGAUGAUUCCUCAUCUGAUGAUGGUUCCUCCUCUUCCGACGACUCCUCCGCAUCGCCCUCGCCGUCCUCCAAGAAGGCCAAGGCCAAGUCCAGCGCCGCGCCGCCGUCCAUCCUCGCCGCCACCCCCUACGCCGCCAUUGCUGCCACAGGCGCCGCUGCCCUGCUCCAUCUCCAAAGGAUUGUGCUGUGACUCUGAAUCUGAUCCAUCCGUCCAUUCAGAGAUCAGACAGAGGUCGAUUAUUCAGUCAGAUCUUCAGUGAUGUUCAGCUAUGCUAUAGUACCAUUCUUCGUUUUGUUUUCUCUCUUCUUCCCUUCAGAUCUCUAGCUGCUGCUGCUGCUGCUGCUCCUUGAUUGCGUGAUUAUUGGUUGGUUCUUGCUUCCAUUUUCCUCUUUUCUUCUCUCUCUCAACUUUUACUAGUUUUCUUUCCAAGUUUAGUUUGGUAAUGCUGCUACUGUAGUAGUAAUCGAGCUGUUAAGAUGCAAUUUUCGAACAAGGUUAGCAUAAUGUCAAGUGUGAAGAGCUUCAUUUAUUUAUUUAUCUAGACUGAAUUAUCAAUCUUUAUUUACUUUCAGUGUACAAAUUACUCUGGUUUUUGUUCA